GCCCUGUCACAUGUAAAACCGGCCUCAAUUUCUUAGCAUUGCCCCAAAAAAGCGAGAAAAGCCGACAAAACCCGUUCUCUCAGUAGGGGACACCUUGUUUGUCGCCGCGGCCCUCAUCCAGCGUUAGCGGCGGAGUUUACCACGGUAAAGAAGACGGAUCGGAUUUUCAGUACCAACUAGAAAGUCCAGUUCGACCGACGGAAAUGUCACAGGAGCAUGACAAUAAGCGUGCGGUCCUGGUUCUCCAGAACGAGCCAGGUUAUGGCGGCCAACGUCGCUCCUUCACCACAGAGGAUGAAGCCUGGAAAUCAUUCCUGGAGAACCCACUGACAGCCGCCACCAAGGCCAUGAUGAGCAUCAAUGGAGACGAGGACAGCGCUGCAGCUCUCGGCCUGCUCUAUGACUACUACAAGGUGCCCAGGGAUAAGAGAACAAUAGCCCAGAGCAAGCCAGAAGCCCUGGUCUGUGAUGUGGAUCCCAACAAAAGACACCAGAUCCAGGCUGGACACUCACUCACUCCCCUCCAGGAGGCCAAUAUGGAGAGCAGGAUCCAGGUCCUAAAGGGGCCUUUCAACAUCCUUCACCUUGCCCAGGACAAGAGGAACCAGUUCCCCUCACCAGACACAACUGUCACAGUUUCUAUCGCCGCCGUGCCAAACUACCCACCUGUGAAGACAGAGGUGCCCAGCCAUGGCUUCUCAGUCACCAUUCCCAACAACUGCACCGAAACCGACAACCACGUGAGCGUCUUCGACCGCCAGCUCGCCCAUAAUACCAUCCAGUACAGCCCCAGCACCCAGUCCCGCACGCCCCCCGACUCCACCUUCUCUGAGAGCUACAAGGACAGUUCCCAGGAGGUGUUUUCCUUCCCAGGGGAUCUCCAGUUACGUAUGGCCUCCAUGACGCCCGAGGAGUACCCUCCGUUUGACACUGUGCUGGGGAAUAAUUUUGAGUACACCCUUGAGGCAUCCAAGUCUCUGCGUCAGAAGACCGGGGAUGGCACGAUGACGUACCUCAACAAGGGCCAGUUCUACCCAAUCACACUCCGGGAGGCCGACAAUAAAGGCAUGCAGCAGCCCAUCACUAAAGUCAGGAGCGUCGUGAUGGUUGUUUUCGGAGAGGAGAAGUGCAGAGACGAUCAGCUGAAACACUGGAAGUACUGGCACUCCAGACAACACACUGCGAAACAGAGGUGUCUGGAUAUCGCUGACUACAAGGAAAGCUUCAACACCAUCAGCAACAUUGAGGAGAUUUCCUAUAACGCCAUCUCCUUCACCUGGGACACCAACGAGGAGGCCAAAAUCUUCAUCUCAGUCAACUGUCUGAGCACAGACUUCUCCUCUCAAAAGGGAGUGAAGGGUCUUCCUCUGAACCUGCAGAUUGACACCUAUAGCUACAACAACCGCAGCAACAAGCCCAUCCACCGGGCCUACUGCCAGAUCAAAGUCUUCUGUGACAAGGGGGCUGAGAGGAAGAUCCGAGAUGAGGAGAGGAAGCAGUCUCGCAGGAAAGGGAAGGUUGCUGAGCUGAACCCCGGCCUGGCUUUUGUCGAUGUCAAAGUGCCUCUCCUGCAGAAACGAAACGAUGUGACCAUCUUCAAAAUGAUGACUGACUUCGAGACUCAGCCGGUCCUUUUCAUUCCUGACAUUCACUUCUCUACUUUCCAGCGUCAUUCUUUCCCAACAGAAGAUGCAGAGGACAGCUCUGGCAUGAAGAGAUUACCCUUCAGCGAAGAAGAGUUUGGCUCACCCCCAAACAAGAUGGCCAGAGCGGAGGAACCCAAGAAAGUCCUUCUGUACGUGCGCAAGGAGACAGAGGAGGUGUUUGAUGCACUCAUGCUGAAGAAUCCCACGCUGAAAGGCCUGGUGGAAGCUAUUGCGGAGAAGUAUGAAUUACCUUUGGAUAAAGUUGGAAAAGUCUAUAAGAAGUGCAAGAAAGGGAUUCUUGUCCACAUGGAUGACAACAUCAUCAAACACUACUCCAACGAAGACACCUUCCAGAUAACCAUGGAGGACCAGGGUGGCAUGUACAAACUCACCCUCACUGAAAUCUGAUUGGUCAGGAGGAUGUGACAUCACACGAAGCAGAGAGAUGGAAGAAUAUAAAAGGGAUCCGUCAGGAGUGGUGGUUUACACGUCUAGCUGUGCAGUGAAACUUAAAUCAUGUUGUCUUUGUGCCUUUUGAAUGUCAAAUGUGAUACAACACAAAAAUCCCACAAGAGAAAUUUAAACAGCCAUAGCUCUUAAAUAAUCAUUCAUGCUGAUAAAGAUAUUCAGGUUUUACAAUUUGAUUCAUUUUAAAACCUCCUUGUGCCUCAAAUAUUAGUGCCUACAUUUGUGUGCAGAGUGUUUGCAGUGCUGCUAUACCUCAAGCUUUGCAAGCAGCAGUGUUUCUCAUUUGUUGUAACUCUAUAAGGAGAACGGGCUCGUCUUUCCCUUCAUGAAGCCAUAGCACUGAUGAGUACGAUUUGUAAAGUUGGGUAUUAAGUGCACAAACUGAAGUCAGCUUAUUGUUGAUGGAGCUCCAGUGCUUCAGUGUAUUAAUAUCAAACAACAUGGCAGUAUUUAGUGUGUGUGAAACUUUCUUAAACCUUCAUACAGUUAGUCAGAAUAUUGUAAAUGUUGUAUUUUUUUUGCAUAGGAUACAUUGCUUUUGUAAAUGUACUGGCUCAAGUUUCUCCUUACAUCAGUUAAAAUAAGGGCCAUUUUGUAAGUAUUAAAAAGCUAAUAAAUAUAUUGGUAGUAAUGCUAAAAACACAGCUCCCCCUCACUGUAGAGUAGUUUUCUGGAUGUCAAUGAAAUAGGUCAAUGAAUAGCUUCUGCAGCUCACACUGGUUGCUCUGGAAGUGCAAUGUGAUAUUUAGUUUCGAACUGAUUCAGGAAAAAGUCCCUUAAAAUGCCAUAAACCUGAGUGUAAAAUAUAUAAGCUGAUAAAAAACAUAUUGUUGUACAUACCUGCUGACAAAAAGGAUCUAUGUGAUCCCUUCUUUUGUAUCUCAGUACUUAUUGUGUAUAUAUUUAUUAAGAGAAUGGAUGUGGGUCAAUGCUUCUUUUUUUUACCAUAUAUAUCAUAAUUCCUUUUAUUCUUAUUAAUAUAAUGUUUUUUUUUUUUCAUUUUAUAAAAAGUUAUUCUAACAUGAAAUGUCAAGGGAAUUAUUAAUGUGUUGUUAAUUGAUGUUUUGUAAAGAGUUUGAUGCACAAAGUGCCCAAUAAAGUCUAGACUUCUUCGUA